CCCCCUUCUGAAGCGAACCCCGCCCGCCGGCGCCGCCUCCGGAACCUUUUAGAACCCUCUCCCUUCUCCCCCAGCUCCGGCGUACGCUCUCCUCGCCUGCCAUGGCCGACGCCACCGCCGCCCUCUCAGCUCGGAGCAAGGUGCAAGGCUUCCUGGAGGCCGCGUGCUCCCGCGACCUCGAUGCCCUCAGGAAGCUCGGCUCAGCGCUCGAUGAGGACGGGAAGGGCGCGGCCGCCGUGGCCGCCGGCGUGAGGGACGCCAACAAGCGCACAGCGCUGCACUUCGCGGCACGGGAGGGGCGGACAGAGGUCUGUAAAUUCCUCGUCGAGCAGCUCCGCCUCCCCGUUGACCCCAAGGACGACGAUGGUGAGACUCCGCUCAUCCAUGCGGCGCGGGGCAGGGCCGGCUGCAGACCGCGGAGUACCUGCUCGGCCACGGUGCUGACCCUUCCAUUGCGUCUAAUAUGGGAGCCACGGCCCUCCCUGCAAUGUCCCGGCUCGUGA